AUGUCUCUCGGAAAGAAGGUCACCCUCAACACCGGUGCUCAGAUCCCCCAGCUGGGUUUCGGUACCUGGCAAUCUGCCCCCGGCCAGGUCGGUGAGGCUGUCUACCACGCCCUGAAGGCUGGUUACCGUCACCUGAAUCCGUCUAUAACAUACGCUGACAGCCGAAGCUACCAAAACCAGCGCGAAGUCGCUCAGGGUAUCAAGAGAGCCUUCCAGGACAUCCCCGGCCUCAAGCGUGAGGACAUCUUCAUCACUUCCAAACUAUGGAACAGCCAGCACCACCCCGACGCUGUCGAGAAGGCUCUCGAUGACUGCCUUGCUGAGCUCGAACUCGACUACUUAGAUUUGUAUCUCGUGCACUUCCCAGUUAGCUUCAAGCCCGGCGACGAGUACUUCCCUCUCGUCAAGGACAGUCCUAUCCCCGAGGGCGAUGUCGAAAUCGAUGACAGCAUUUCCAUUGUUGAUACUUGGAAGGCCAUGACCAAGCUCCCCAAGAGCAAGGCCCGCGCCGUUGGUGUUUCUAACCACACUGUUGAGCAUCUCGUGGCCCUCAUCAAGGCCACUGGUGUUGUUCCCGCUGCCAACCAGAUCGAGCGUCACCCUCGUCUGCAGAGCAACGAGCUGAUUGCCUACUGCAAGGAGAAGGGCAUCCAUGUCACUGCCUACUCGGCCUUUGGUAACAACAUGAUCGGUGUCCCUCUCCUGAUCUCCAGCGACGAGGUCAAGGCGGUUGCCGCUGAUGUCUCCAAGAGACUCGGCCAGGAAGUCUCCCCGGCUCAGGUCAUCCUCGCCUGGUCCCAGGUCGGUGGCCACAGUGUGAUCCCGAAGUCCGUCACGCCUUCACGCAUCGCCGCCAACUUCCAGGAGAUCGAGCUUACUCCCGAGGAGGUCGAGAGGGUGUCUGCGCUCGGCAAGGAGAGACGCCGCUUCAACAUCCCCUACACUGCCAACAAGCCUCGCUGGGACAUCAACAUCUUCGGCGAGGAGGAGGAGAAGCCCGCCACCCACAAGGUUAUUAUCUAA